AUGGAAAUAGACGUUACCCCAGAUACUAUUUCUGAGAAAAAUUCAAGCAACUCGAGUCAUGGAGAUGAUGAAAAAGAUGAUAACCCCAGUGCCACUAUCCAAAAUGUAAGCAAUACAAAUCUCAGUACCUCAAAUAGCAACAAGGACUACCAAGAGCAUGAAAGAACAAACACUAAAAAGCAAAAAACAAUCAAACAUGCACUUCGACAUCAAGCUAAAAGAAGAAGAAAGAACACAACUAUUGCCUCUAACACCAAUUCCCUACCCAGGAUAAUAGUAAAGCCUUUGCCCACUCAAACAGUUGAAGAAACCACUCUUAAUAUAGUACCAACACCAACAAGUAGAACUCCAACUAUGAGAGAGGUCCUAGCUUCAAUUCCAGGAUUCAAUAUGAAACCCAGAAAACGUACUACUAAAAAACUUUCCACAGCAGCACAGCUUGAGCAAACCAAAGCAGGUUGUAUAGAUUUAGAAACACCAGACUCCAUUUUGGUCAACACCAAUUUAAGACACUUGCUGAACAAGGCCACAUUUGCUGCACUACCAUUACUCUACCAAAACAAGUUGGUACAAUUAUUGCCCAGUGUUGACAGGAACAUAGUUGCCAGCUCCUCAGACCCUAGCUCCAUUGAGAUAAAUUCUGGUUUUCACAAUGAAUUUUUUGCAAGGGCUUGCCUUGAAUGGCAAGAUAGACUUGCUGAAGGAGAAUUCACCCCUGAAAACCAACAGAAACUCAAACUGGAAGCUGACAAGGAAAGGAAUAAAGUUGACCCUUGGAAGCUGAAGCACUUUGAGCCUAUCUGGGGAGACAGAUCUGAACCAACUACUUCAACCUCAAUCAAUGUACAUAGUACCUCUGAGAGUUCUAGGCCUCCUAUCAAAACUACCAUCAAGUUGAGACCUUCUACUACUAACAUGACAAAGCAAAGCAAAACUACUGCCCCACCUCCUAUGAAAAGGUUACGUACUGUAGGUGCUAUGACUAGAUCAUGUACCAGUAUGAAGUCAGAGUUGACAACACUUGUUGAGAAUAAGAUACCUAUUCCUGACUUGUUGCCAAUUAAACAAUUACAAAAGGAAGAAGUCCCACUCAAGUCUGAAUGUAGUGUUAGCAUAGUUAUAGAAACUCCAGUUAAUGAUAAUUUAGUACAGCUGCAAGAAAAAUGUAUUGUUAAUAUUAGUGAUACUAUAUUAGAGAACAAUGAAGAGACAAUCAUUAUUUGUUCCUCAAAACGACCAAGGUCACCUAGCAUAGAAUCUGAACAAAACUCCCCUAAGCGUAAGACUCCUAGUCCCCUGUCAGAAAGUCUCUUGCCCACCUCCAUACCAAUGGACACCAGUGAACCAGAAAAAGAUGUAAUACUGGAAGAGCUUCAGGAAGUGGCUAGUGAGGCCCCCAGUGAUGAUGAUAAAGCAAGUGAAACAAUGUCUGAAACGGCUGUGAUUGAAGAAGUUAAUAUGUAUGACUAUGAAAAAGACAAAAUCUUGGAUGAGAACAGCAGUAGUUUGAGCAGCAUUGCCAUCCACCACAUGGAAGAGAACUCUAGCAAUGAAACUAUUGAGACAGUGGAUUCCCUACAGCUGCAUGUUGACUACAAAGAAGAUACCAACCAGACUGAUGAAACCUCAUCUACUACCACCACCACCACUGAUGUGAAAUCUGAGCAGGAAGAUCAAGAAGAGCAAGAAGAGACAAUGACUUCAACCCCUGACAUGUCUGAUUUGGCUCCCAUGGAGACUGAUCCUCUUCAAAUUACUGAGCAUGAUACUGAAAAUAGUGAAUCUAAUCCAGAAGAAAAAGAAUCAUAUACCCUGGCAGUAGAAGAAAUAGAUGAGCAAGAAAUGCAUGGUAUUCUGGAAAAUGAAAAUGCAGAAGUGAAUAGUGAAAUACCAGAACAACCUGUUGAACUGGGGGAGGAAUCUAUAGUAGAAGACACCUUUCAGAUUUUACCAAAUACAUUGAUUCUUCAAGAACAAUCCAUUGUCAUCAAUAAGCCUUCUUGCUCUGAGGAAUGUGGCAAUGAUAAUUAUAUAGCAGUGACAGCAGAAAAACUGGCAAGUGUCGAAGAAUGUGAUUUGGUGCUGGCACAACUUUCAGAGACAAACUUCAAUGUUAGAAGUAUUCCAGAUGAAGAUGAUAGGUUCAUUGAUGCUGAGAACUAUGUUCUGGAGUCUGGACAAAUAAGCAUUGCCAAUGCAGAUGAGGAAGAAAAAGAAAGGGAUGCAGUGGAUAUUCAGGCUACUCUGUUUGGUGAAAAUGAACAAGGAGCUACAGAAGAAUGUUGCUGGGGCAUGGUGGAUUCCAGUACAGAAAAACUACUUCAGAUACCCUCAGUCCAUGCUCUAGAUAACACUGUUCCCACUCCUGUUGAAAUUGUUGGUACAGACAAAAUAAAAGAACAUGUGCAAAUGAUACCAAUUCAGGAAGAACAUGUGCAGAUGAUACCAAUGCAAGAAGAUCAUGUUCAAGUGAUGCCAAUGCAAGAAAAUCAUGUUCAGGUAUCAAUGCAAGAAAAUCACAUUCAGGUGGUACCAAUGCAGGAAAAUCACAUUCAAGUAAUACCAAUGCAAGAAGAACAUGUUCAAGUUAUGCCAAUACAACAAGAACAUGUUCAAGUGAUGCCUGAGGUGAUGCCAAUACAACAAGAACAUGUUCAAGUGAUGCCAAUGCUAGAAGAACAUUCACAAGUGAUACCAAUGCAAGAAGAUCAUGCUCAAGUGAUGUCAAUGCAAGAUGAUCAUGCUCAAGUGAUGCCAAUGCAAGAUGAUCAUGUUCAUGUGAUGCCAAUGCAAGAUGAUCAUGUUCAAGUCAUGCCAAUGCAAGAUGAUCAUGUUCAAGUGAUACCAAUGCCAGAUGAUCAUGUUCAAGUGAUACCAAUGCAAGAGGAGCUAGAGGUUAAGCUAGAAAGAGGCACAUUUCCUGUAGUGAUGAAUGAUUGGCCUUAUGAUGUCAAUAUAGAUUCUGACAUGGUGGCAGCAGCUCUGGGGAACACAGAGGGCCACAACAGUACCAAAGAAAUGGAAAAAGCCAAUGGCGGUUUUUCGGAAUUUGCGGGUAGCGGUAAUCAGGUGAAACUGGAACUGGAAGUGACUUUGACACCGGAAAUAUUGAGCUCUGAUAGUAUGAUAACAAGUACUGUGAGUACUAGCGGCGGUGGAGCCAAUUUGAUGGGUACUCUGGCUGUGAGUAAGGCGCCUACCAAGACUGUAAUACCGCCUACUACAAUUGUUUGUUUGCCAUCUACUGUCACAACUGCUGCAAUGAUGAACUCUGUAGUGAAUGAGGUGACGCAGUGCGCCCCCUUACCCAGGCCGGGCACCGUCCAGAGCUCCAGCGCCCUGCCCCUCCUCUCUCUCAGCACCAGCCAGCCCAUCAGGGCGGUCACGUCGCACGGCAAGGUCCGCCCGAGGGGCGCGCCCUCGGCCGGCGGCGGCAACGCUGGCGGUGGAGGAGGGGGCGGAAGCCGAGGGCGGGGCGGUAGUAAGCCGCCGCCCGGGGCGGUCAACCUCGAGCGCAGCUACCAGAUCUGCCAGGCCGUGAUCCAGAACAGCCCGAACAGAGACCAGCUGCGCGGACAGCUGAAGCCGCCGCCUAGUUUGCUGGCGGUCGCCCACGCGAAUAACAAGAAGAACGAGAGCAACAGUUCUGAUUCACCAAGUGAUAUUGAGGAAGCAGCACAAAAUGCACUAUUAACCAUGAUUCCGGAAAAAUCAAAAGAACGAUAUGAUAUUGCUUAUAGAAAAUUUGAAAAUUGGUGUGAAGAAAAAAAGGUUAAGCAUAUCAAUGAAAAAGUUAUGCUGGCAUAUUUUGAAGGACAUAAAAGUCUGAAAGCUUCCACUCUCUGGUCAGGUUACUCAAUGUUGCGAUGUGAAAUUGCGUUGGAAAAAUACAUCGACAUAAAAAAAUACACCAAUUUAUUGGCAUUUCUGAAGAGGCAGUCCGAUGGAUACCAAGCAAAGAAGUCAAAUGUCUUGUCGAAAGAGCAUAUCUCUCAGUUUUUGAUGAAAGCUGAUGAUAAAACAUUUUUGAUGGCAAAGGUUGCAAUGAUAAUCGGAAUAUAUGGUGCAUGUAGGAAGUCUGAAUUGACCUUUUUGAGAAUUGAAGAUGUUGUAGAUGAACAUUCAUAUUUUCUAGUCAAUAUUCCGAUGACCAAGACCAAAGUUGUACGAGAGUUUAUCAUCACAAUGGGCGACAUUGAUGGAUUGAAUUUGGUCGAGAUAUUGAGAAAAUAUAUGAAGUUAUGUCCACAAAAUUUAAAACAUAACAGAUUUUUUGUCAAAUAUAAUAGUGGAAAAUGUGGUGUUCAGCCGGUUGGGAUCAACACUUUCGGUAAUCUUCCUAAGACGAUUGCUCGAUUUAUUGGGUUGCCAAAUUCUGUCUUAUUCACUGGUCACUGCUUUCGAAGAUCUUCGGCAACUUUGCUUGCAGAUUCAGGUGCCGAUUUGACGAGAAUUAAAAGACACGGAGGUUGGAAGUCCAGUUCAGUAGCUGAAGGAUAUGUGGAAAAUUCCUUACAAAACAAGAAAAAGACAGCCACGGAUAUUCUUGGCCAAACUAAUAAUCAAAUCACAACCAGUUCCACGAGUUCAACUUCUCUUACAUCGGGAAUUAAUAUUUCUAAUUGUACUAAUUGUGUUAUAAAUGCAAACGCAGUACAGCUCGAUAACCUCGUCGCGCGCCGUCCCCCCCAACAACGUCCCCGGCAAAACGUUCGCCCCACCCCCGAUGCCCGCGGCCGGCGCAGGCGUGGCCUACCAAGGGGGCGGGGGCGUGGCCUACCAAUCGAGCGGCAGCAAUGGCUUCAAGGGGGGCGUGGCGGCGCAGCAGAAGGCGCGUGCGGUACCGCCUUACCCGCUGCAGCAGCGCCAACCGAGUCCGCCGGUGGUGGUGCGGCACGUGUUCACGUCCGGGCAGGGCAUACCGGUGACGAUGGCGGUGUUGCCGCAGGCGUCGGCUUUGAGUCCCGAUAUGUUCUUUUGGCAGAUAUUUUGCUCUAUUUAGACGGAAAAAGCCGACCAGUAGUGGAAGAAGAAGCAGUUCUCCGUGCUAAUCAUGUGAUUUUGUGUGAGGCAGAAGACUUCAACAAAAGGCACAUUUUUGCACUUUGUCUACAAACUUCGGCGAUGAAAUCUUCCCCACAUGAAAUGGUGGACGGCCAGACCCCCAUGGGCGUCGGCCAGUACAUCCUCGUGCAGCGCGCCGGCCUCCACGAUCCCCACCACCAUCACGCCACGCCCCGGUCGUCGAGCGCCCCGCCCGCGCAGCAACAGAUGGGCGGGGCGAGCGUGGGGGGCGGGGCGCCGCCUCAGGUCGCGCAGGUGGGUGGGGCGGGCAGGGGCCGGCCGGCCAGCGUCGAGGUGGAUCAUCCGUCGUUGCAGGGCCAGCCUUUGGGAAGCAACGAUUUCGUGGUGCAGUGUCCGAAUCCGGGCACGCAGGCCGUGACGCGACGCCAGCGCCUCCCCUCCGGCGUCGUCUACGGCGACGUCAGCCUCGACGGCCCGCCCCACUCCGCCUACACUAUCAUCGGGGGCGGGGCCGAAAACGUCGCCGCCAUGCACGACCAUCCGGCGGCGGCGAUGCAGAGCCAACUGGCCGCUUUCCAGAAGAAGGCAGCCGAGCAGGCGUCGUGCGCCUGCAGCCUCAAAGCGAUGGUGGUGUGCAAAAAAUGCGGUGCCUUCUGUCACGACGACUGCAUCGGGCCGGGAAAGAAGAAGGCGGCCGAGCAGGCGUCAUGUGCCUGCAGUCUCAAACCGAUGGUGGUGUGCAAAAAAUGCGACGCCAUGACGACUGCAUCGGACUGGGGAAGGGCGUGGGUAGGUGAGGUAGGCAGGGCCUUGGGCCUUCAUGCAGUGGGCGGAGCAUCGGAACAGGCGAUGGUGUCUAGUCUGCUUGAUAGGCGGGACAUCGGUAUGGGGAAGGACCACUUCCACUUCUCUAUGACGCUGAAUGGUUGUAGAGGUAUAAGUAUGAUUUCUGAAAAGGGGUCGUGUCCAGUGGACAAUCUGAAUGGGCAGGGCAUCGGUCCGGGGAGGAGCGUGUCUUCCAGCGGUAGGCGGGGCAUCGCCUCGAAAGGAACGUUCCUAGAAUAUUCUCGUAAAACAUUGCAUGAACAUUCUGAUGAAUAUCCUCAUCAUUCGGAAUAUUCUGAAGGAGGCAUUCGAUCGAGUCUGGCAUCACGCCAACACGGACUCCUCGCCAAGCUUCCAUUUUAUGGCUUGCCUCCGCAGCUAUGUUCUCUGCUAGCUAGUUUCCUCUCAAACAGGUCUCUCCAUGUAGUGGUCGACGGAGUUUCAUCUGACUCUCUUAUCAUAAAUGCUGGUGUUCCGCAAGGAUCAAUUCUAGCACCAACACUAUUUCUCCUCCAUAUUAACGAUUUGUUGGAAGCAACUCAUGUCCAGUACACAUCUUCGCGGAUGAUAGUACCCUCCAUACCACCUUCUCUUCCAGGGCUCCAAUACCAGCCAGGCAAAUUAGAAACGAACGAGGGAGAAAUGUUGACAACAUAUAAAUAUGGACUUGGCAACAAUUCUCGAAUGGGGAUCCAAUAA